GGCGUCUCUAUGGUCUUCGCAGCCUAGAAGGACCAGAGCGAAAUUUCCGGGAAGAUGGCGACGCCCGAGUCAGGGGUGGCACAUGUUUCGGCGGAGAACACAUCUUAAUGACGGGUGAUGUCAUUUCUCCUGUGGUGAAAGCCGAGCCUCUUUGCCCACCAUGAGCUUCACCCCAGAGGUCAAGAGUCGUGGGAUGAAGUUUGCUGAGGAGCAGCUGCUAAAGCAUGGAUGGACUCAAGGCAAAGGCCUAGGCCGGAAGGAGAAUGGCAUCACCCAAGCCAUCAAGGUGACACUGAAGCAAGACACUCAUGGGGUGGGACAUGACCCUGCCAAGGAGUUCACAAACAACUGGUGGAAUGAACUCUUCAAUAAGACUGCAGCCAACUUGGUAGUGGAAACUGGGAAGGACGGAGUUCAGAUAAGACGCCUUUCCAAGGAGACCACUCAUCAUAAUCAUCCCAAGCCUAACAUGCUGUAUCAGAAGUUUGUGAAGACAGCCACGCUGACUUCAGGUGAAGAGAAACCAGACAAAAACUUGGAGAACCACAGUGAUGAUGACAGCCAAGGGCCCAUGCCUCCAAAGAUUCUGACUGAUGAGAUGCUGCUCCAAGCCUGUGAGGGGCGAACAGCACACAAGGCUGCACGUCUUGGGAUCACAAUGAAGGCCAAGCUUGCUCGGCUAGAGGCCCAGGAGCAGGCCUUCCUGGCUCAUCUUAAAGGUCAGGACUUAGAGACCUCUCAACCACAGUCUGAAAGUAAGCUCCCCAAAAAAAAGAAAAAGAAAAGGAAACAGAAAGAGGAAGAAGAGUGUAGAGCAUCUGAGAGGAAUGUGGAUGAGGAACACCCAGAACACACUAGGCCCAGCAUUAGGAAAAGCAAAAAGAAGAAAAGACAACAUCACAAGGAAGAGGUCUCAGAUGAGAGAGGGGGAACAACUGUAAGGAGUGAAGAGGAAGAGGCUGCAGGAACAAGUGGACUCGAGGAAUUAAAGAGCAGAGAGCAAGCCCAUCAGCAUCUUAAGAAAAAGAAGAAAAAGAGGAGGCAGCACUGUGAAGGGGAGGAGGUGGAGGAGCAGACCGUGGUGUUGGGUAGAGAAGGAAGCGGUAAGGAUCCUGCAAGUGGUGUUGGGAGAAAGGAGGUGGCAAGCAGAGCACACAGUGACCGAUGCAGCAGGGACAAGCAAAGGCAGCAGCGUGAGGAGGACUUGAACAUGGGUGAUGAGGAAGGGGAGGAGGCUGCUCUAGAUGGUGAGGCCAGGGAAGCAGAAAGCAUAGCACACAGUAAAGGAAGCAGCAGAAGAAAGAAGACAAGACAGCAGUGUAAGGAGGAGGAGGUGGUCUUGGAUGUAAGCUGUGAAGACGAUGAUGGCAGGACCGGGGAAAUACGGAGCAGAGGUGAGAAGAGGAGGUGGCAGCAACCAGGGGAGGAAGAAACUAGAGUCAACACUGACAGAAGCACCAAAAAGAAGAAACGGAACAAGAGAGACUGAAGUUGUGUUAAAGGUGGGGCUCAGUUGCUUUUCAGUUGUAGCCUCAGAGACCUGGGGCAAAGUCCUGCAUGAGGAGUCCCUCCCAAAGAGGAAACUGAGCUUUCUGGAAUAGCAGUCUUCUGCUGGAGACAGCCAAGAGCCAUAUCUUAGUCAAGGGAGUGGACAUAGUCCCCCCUGCAGCCUCUGACCCAGAGAUCAUGAACUCAAGUGCCUCCAGGAGCCACGCAGCCAAGGAACAAGGUGUAUAGGGGGCUAUGGGAACAGGAAUAUAGAUAGAUGCAUCCCUACCAAAAGAAGCCCAAAUGUAGACUUUUGAGAAAUGUCUUGGUUUUUAAAUAUCAUGAAGGCUAAGAAAAUCAUAAAUUGGGGCCUAUGGGCUAUAUUCAGCUCACAGGUUGCUUGUUUCUAACACUGUACCAAUGAUUAUAAAUAAACAUGAACUUUAGCCCAUUCAGGUAAAUCCGAAUUGGCAUCUCCAAUUCCAGCCUUGAAAGGUACUGAAUACAGAUUAAGAGAUUCUCCAGCCAGGAGUGGUUCCUCAUCCAAUCCCAGUUGAGGUAGAGGAUCACAGUUCAAGGCCAGCCUGGGCAACUUAGUCCAUCUCAAAAGAAAAAGUGGUGGGGAUCUGGCUCAGUAGUAGAACACUGUGUAGCACACUAGAGUCUUUGGGUU